AUGGAUCCUAACUCUGGUACCAAAGCAAAAACACAAAUGAAGCUCCUGAUAACUCCCACCAAAGUCAAACCAGCCACAGAAACCACGAAAUUAGACAAUUUUUUCGUUUUCAAAAGCUUCGGCAACAACUUUUACCAGUUCAGGGAGGACAUCCAAAACUUAUCAAAUCAGAAACACUACUCUUUCAAAUCAGUGGGCUACAAACUCUCUGGAGAGUACCACCUGGUUUCUGAAAUCCAAGUUCAAAGAGGGACUGACUCCAAGGAGGAUAAGCUGAAACUUGCCAUUGAAAAUGCACUUUGUCGAAACGGUGUCACUUCCUUUGGAGCAGGCCCACACCCAGACAACAAGAUGCUUGUGUUUCAGCUUCGAAACACUCAGCUCACCUUCGACUGGUCGCAUUAUGUGAUACCCACACCAACAGCAGCAGGUUGUUUUUUCACGGUGGGAAAGGAAACCGAGCUGUUCCCUGGACCCCAGUUUCCAAUGUCGCAUCUGCUUUACGGCGUGGACUCCGAGAUGAAUAUGAGUUCUCUUUACAGCAUCAACGACGAAUCUUCUUUGCUAGUGAAGACACAUUUCAAUCCUCCACCCUUUUUUCAGCAGGAUAACCACCGCCGUAUUGUGGCUCCAGGAAUGGAGGUAUCAGAUUUCUUAGCCUUGACUUUUCAGGCAACAGACAUGACCGAUUACGAGCCUUUUCUUAUUCUGGAAGUUUCCGUAGUGCUUCAGGAAUUUGUCAGCAUUUCCUCCAAAAUCUUGAACCGUCCUGUUGCUGGAAGUGACAUGACCAACUUGGACGGGCCAUAUGCUUCUACUUGUGUGAAAUAUGGAAAAAAUAACCUCCGAGCCAUUUCGUUUGAAAAGAAUUACCACUACAUGAGGACAUACACCAGCUACAGUGUACCCGCAGGAGACGAAUCGUUUCCUCUCACGAUCCUUUUCAAACACAAUGAACAUGGACGUUUCAGGCAGACCCGAAACUGGGGCCUCGAGGCCAUUGUGGUGCCAGGAAUGAAACUCUCGGAGUUUGUGAGUCUACUUUUUGUUUUGCCGUUAAGUUAUCACGACAUGAAAAGAGUCAGACCGACAAAGGAUAUAAGGAUCCAGAUUCAUCGACUUGAAAUUACUCUUAUUCAGACCAAAGUGACGGCGGGGAUUCAAACGAAAAAGGAGACUCCAUUAUUCAGCGAAAAUGAACUCGCCGUGUUGUACUGGAGCAAGUUCAACGAAGGUGUUACAGGAAGUCGAUAUGCUAGAGCCAUGAGGGUGCCUCCAGCUGUUAUUGAGGGGGAGAUUCCUUCGAAUGCUGAACCCAUGGCGAAAAAACGGUCGGGCAAAAACCGGUCCCAGCAGAAAAUCCAGGAUGCGUUCCAGCUAGCGGAAAGAGCCGAGUCACGUGGCAAAAACCAGCCCGACUCCGAUCUGGACGACGACCAAGACCUUCCGCUCAAAGAAGGUGUGCUUGAUGCCAGGAAGUUCUUGAACAAGGAGGACGCCGAGUCGGACUUGGACGACGAGGAGCUUGACUCCGACGAGGCGCUCGGCCUGGACGACGAAUUCGACGUUUUGAACUCGAAAUUCUCUCAGACUAUCAGAGAUCAGCAGAAGCUGGGUUACAGAGAAGAGGAGGAGGAAGAGGACCAGGGGUACGAGAGUUUGGACGAAACGCAGUUGGUGACGCUUUCGGAGGCGUGGGACUUGGACCACAAGGACAGGGUGGCCUCUAAGGGCAAGCCCAAGGAGGUUGUUCUAGACGAUGCCAUGAGUGGGUCUGACAGUUCUGAAGAAGAAUCAGAGGAGUCUGGAUCGGAAGAGAGUUCCGAGGAGGAAUCAGAGGAAGAAUCUGAAGACGAAAAGGACAUUUUCGGCGGUUUCUCCGACGACGAGGUCGACUUGAAGCUGACACUCAGUACAGUCAACUCCAAGGUCAAGGCGCCCACUGAACGCCGUUAUCUUAUUAAUGAAACCCGAGAAGCCAGCGAUUUUGCCAUGCCUACCGGUGGAGAAUCGCUUUCUCUCGCUGACAUGCUCAGUGGAGUAGGCGAGGACGCCGACGAUGCAUACUUGAUCAACAAGGAAGAAGAAGCCAAGCCUGUGGCUGUUCCGCUUCCGAAGAGGCUCCAGGUCAGAAACGACCGGAAAGCCGCCUAUGAAAUCACCAAGGAGGAGGUCAACAAGUGGAAGGAUACCGUGAGAACGUUGCAGGAAGCAGACCAUCUUGAGUUUCCUUUGGCUCCUCCAGCGACCCAGGAAGAACAGGAGGAAAUCGAUCCCGAAAAGGCGUACGAAAACAUGCGUUUCAUUCCUGAAACAGAGGGCCGGAGCGAGCUCGAGAGCAAAAUCCACGGUCUUCUUGAAGCAGGUGCACUUGUGGACGAAUCCAAGGAAGCCACCUUUGAGCAGAUUGCCGUAGCAAAGCUCUCCAAAGAAGACAUGUUCAAGCGGACCCAGGAGCUCCGAAGAAUGCGAGAACUCAUGUUCAGAGACGAGCAGCGGGCCAAGCGGAUCAAGAAAAUCAAGUCCAAGCAGUACAGAAAGAUCAAGAAGAGAGAGCGUUUGAGGGAUGCUGAAUUGGUGGAAGGAUCUGAUGCCGAGCUGGACCCUGAAGACCACGACAUGAAGAGAGCCGAGGAGAGAAUGUCCCAGAGGCAUAAAACUCAGUCGCUGUGGGCCAAGCAGAUGAUCAAACUGGGCAUUUCCAAAGAUGCACUGAGCAGAGCCGAAUUGGAGGAUAUGCUUCGAAGCGGUGAGCGUUUGAGAGCCAAGCAGAUGGGCUGGGACAAGGAGGUUUCCGACGAGGAUGUUUCAGAUAUCGAGAAGGAAUAUGAGAACGACAAGGACGACGAGGCUGAAAGAGAAGGACUCGGAAAGGGCAUCAUGGCGAUGGAUUUCAUGAAAAACGCCGAGGAGCGCAAACGUCGUGAGAACAAGAAGGAGCUCGAGUUCUUGAGGGGCAUCGACAGCAGCACCGGUCUUGAAGAGUUUGAAGGUUCUACUGAGAAGAAUUCCAUCAACAAGGUGAAGAACGACGGCAGAAGAGUCUAUGCUCCACAAGUUGCUCAGAACAGAGAGGAGAUGGAGAAGUUGGACGAGGAGUUGAUCCACGACUACCGAGACGACGAGGCUGAUAAUUUGGAAAACAGACUCAGAAAGGGCACUGCUCGUGAGAGAGAAACCGAGGACGACGAGCCUCCAGCCAAAAAGCACAAGGUCGAAGAAAAGGAGGAAUCCGAAUUCGAGGGCUUCGACUCCAAGAGCGACAACGACAGUGAAAGCAGCGAAAGCGAGGCGGAAGAGAACCCCUGGUUGGUUGCAGAUGAAAACGACGUUUCAGCCAAAUCAAAGAAAUACUCCACCGUCACCGAAGACCUGUCGAAGCUUCUGAAAGCCGCCAACAAGAUCGAAAAGCACAAGAGCAAAUCCGGCAAGAAAAACGGCACCAAGGAGCCCUCGACCUUGAUCGAUAUGAAGCAGGUCAUGGACGUGAAGAAGGGUGACGCUUUUGGCAGCGAUAACGAAAGCGACGACGACGAUACCGACAACCGCAUGUUCAAGCAGCUGGGACUCAUCAAGGAGGCUUUUGCCGGCGACGACGUUGUCAGCGAAUUCCAGGAGGAAAAGAGAAGACUUAUAGAGGAAGAAGACGACAAGGAAGAGGACAUGACGCUCCCCGGAUGGGGCUCAUGGGGAGGAAGCGACCAGCCACAGAAACCCAAGAAGAAGUACGUCAGAAAGGUCGAUGGCGUGGCUCGCAAGGACACAAGACAAGACAAGGGCAAGGACAAUGUGAUCAUCAACGAAAGACUCAACAAGCAUAAUUUGAAGUACCAGUCUGCCAAUGUGCCCCACCCAUACGAAACAAGAGAGCAGUACGAGAGAGCAUUGCGGAUGCCAAUUGGCGAGGAGUGGGCUUCGAGAGCCACGUUCCAGAAGUCCACAUUGCCCAGAGUCAUUGUCAAGCAGGGUACCGUUGUGGACCCAUUGAAGGCGCCCUUCAAAUAA